AAGGCGUGGAAGGGUGCUGCGGGGGUCAUUAAGACUGUCCGUAGCUUGUACAGAUCGGUCGUUAUACGAGCUUGCACUAUCUAAGGACGUAAGGCUUUGUAAGAACAGUAGCAUGCAUCGGGUGCAAAUGCCUUACAGUUAACCAGCGCACAGCAAGCGUGGUUUGAAGGCGGGUGGGAGUGGUUAAUGGCUCUGGGCUCUGGGCUGGGCCUGAGCAUCAUUGAAAGGCUGCCAUGAUCACCGUGCUGCUGCCUGAAGAGCUGGCCGGCCGCCAGCAGGGCUCGCUGACCGGCGUGCUGGAGCGUGACGGCGCCGACGGCCGGCGCGCCGCUCUGCUCGUCACCGGGCUCGAGUACCGCCUGCCGGGCGCGCGCAGUCUCGGCUACCUGAUCAGCUCGGAGGACAGCUGCGGCUUCUCGGGCGCGGCCUUCGCCUACCUGCACAACUACGUGGUGGUGGCCAACGGCGCCGUGCCGCGCGUCAUCCGCUGCGUGGUGCGGGGCGCGCCCGUGCCGCCCGAGGCCGUGACGCUGGUGCUCUACAGCCCAGCGGCGGCCAUGGUACGCGCCGUGCACGCGGAGGGCCCGCCGGCGCCCGGGCGCGCCCGCAUGCCGUUCGGCGUCGGCUGGCUGCACUGCACCGGCUGCUGGUCUGGCUGCGCGUGGACGUGCGCCGCGUGA